GCUAAAUACUAAUUACUUCUCCAAAUCAAAGAUGUCGUCCGACAAGACGACGAGCGUGCACGUGACGGCCCUGGACGGGCUGGUGAACGUGAAUUCACUGUUCACGGUGGCGGUGUUCGUGGGCCUGUCCAUCGCGACUCAGGGCCAGAAGAGCCUGGAGGAGCGGACGGCCUGCGACGCGGGGAUAGACAAGGUGAGGGGGCUGGUGGUGUACGAGGUUGUCUCCUUCAGCUUCUUCCUCUUCUCUUCCCUGGUGGCUCAGGGCCUGAAGCUGGCCAUAAACCUGCUGACCCGAGACGACACGGACGAGGCCAUCAAGGCCCAUGUCAAUACCAAGGCCCUGAAGUUUGGGAUGUUGGGCUGCGCCGGGGGCUCGAUGUUGGGCUGCUUGUUCUUGAUGAUGUCCAUGGUGAGAGUGAUAGAGAUCAGGCUUGGGGUUCUGUCCUGUGGGAGCAAAUCCUCUUAUAAUUCUGUUGUUGCUUUGGUUUCUUUGAGACGUUUAUUCUGCACCAUCGCCGAAGCCAAUUUGCACCCGAGCUCCAACGCCGUUCAGAACUGCGGUAAAUGGGGCAUCAAGCAAGUCACCAAGUCCAACUUCUCCGAGUCACUGGACGAGAUCGGAGCCCGAAUCGCCGAUUCCGACUUCAUCGCCGUUUCCUUACAGACGACCGGAGCUUACUCUUCUCCCUGGAAGCGUCAUCUCCCAUUCGACACCGCCGAAAUCGGUUAUCUCAAAGCCAGACACGCCGCCGAAAGGUUCCAGAUUCUUCAAUUCGCCGUUUGCCCUUUCUCCUUCCGGGCCUCCAAAGUCAUUGCUCACCCAGCACAAGAACUAGCUGCAAAAGAUCAUUUUAGGAAUCCAUCAGCUCCUAGCUGUACAAUUUUAUCUCCACCAUCCCGAUCAGUGGCUGAUUCUAUAUUUGUAGAAAGGAUCAAAUCCCGAGUCAAACAUUGGAUAGAUGCUUGCAAUGAUCUGGGCAAGAAACCCGAAGAUGUUUUAAUUAGUUCACUGAGGAGAAUGAUCUCUGCAAUUGAAGUGCAUGGUUCUAGGCCUUGCUUGAACAUAGAUACUUGCAGUCAGAGACAAGUGAAUCUUGUGCUUGAGACACUGAAAGAUUUUGUUGAUGUUGUACCUCUACUAAUUCCAGCAAAUGGAAGUGGAAUACAAACAGUCCGAGCGAUAUUGACAAGUUCACAAGAAGACAAGGAUCUUUUUGAGAAUGAACUUCAAGACAUAGGAAAGGAACAUAACAAGCGUACUCGUGGCUUUCGUGAAGUGGUUGAACUGAUUGCCAGUUCUCAGAAGCCUGUUGUUGCCCACUAUUCAAUGAAUGAUUUUACAUUUAUUCAUUCGAAAUUCCUUGCACCAUUACCAUCAACAUUGGAUGAAUUUAGAAACUCAUUGGGCUCUGUCUUUGCUCACAUUCUUGACGUGAAACAUCUUAGUAAGGAGCUUGGCUUUCAUAAGAAUUUGAAUAAUGUAUAUGUGGCUACAUCUUACCUCAAUAGCAGCCCACUCCAUUUUCUAGCUCAAAUUCCCAAAAUGGCCAAAUCCCCAGUAGCCAAAAACAAAUACGGAGAAGUCUCACAAUUCAUGGAACCCAUAAGCAGAGUCCCAAUCAUCGAUCGCAAAUUCCGAUAGAGUAUCCAGUUUCUACCGACGGGAGUAACAGACGGAGCUGAAGAUCUGCCGGAGACGGCGCGACGCAUCUGACUCGGUCGACUGUACGACUCACAGGUC